UCGCCUCUGCCCCCUCCUUCAUGUGCUGUCGACGCUCUUCUUGUCUGCUCCUCCACGCAGAGGAGAAUCGCGGGCUCAUGUGUCAACAUCCAGGCUUUCCCCCGGGGAGGCGGAACGUUAUUUCAUAAAAACUCAGAUAUCUCUCUAUGGUCAACAUUUUUUUUGCUUAAAAAAAACAACAAUCCAAAUUCCAAUUAUUUUAGUAGUCAUUGGCCGAUUCUUCUCACCGUGAGGACAAGGAUUGUUAGCACGGGUCUCCAUCCAACGUUGUUGCCAACGAUGACAGGGUACAAAGUGCGAAUAGCAAUCAUUUAAAAAAUCACAUAUCCGGGCGACGCGUUAGCUUAGCGAGCUAGCCCGCUUGGUUGGAGCAGAGACGACGCAGACUCGGGCGAGGGGGACGCUGCUGACAUGAUGUUUCCUCAAUCGAGGCACUCGGACGUUCUUCCAGAAGGAUAUUGGCUCCCUCAAGCAUCCGCUCAGUCCGGCCAAGCUCUCAAGUUUACCACCUCGGACUCGUGUGACCGCAUCAAGGACGAGUUCCAGUUCCUCCAAGCACAAUACCACAGUUUGAAGUUGGAAUGUGACAAACUUGCCUCAGAAAAGUCGGAGAUGCAGCGUCACUACAUCAUGUACUAUGAAAUGUCCUACGGGCUGAAUAUUGAAAUGCACAAACAGGCUGAAAUAGUCAAGAGACUGAAUGGCAUCUGUGCUCAGGUGUUGCCUUACCUGUCCCAGGAGCAUCAGCAGCAAGUCAUGGGUGCCAUCGAGCGAGCCAAGCAGGUCACGCCCCCUGAAAUGAACUCCAUCAUACGGCAACAGCUGCAAGUGCAGCACCUGUCCCAGCUGCAGGGUCUGGCCCUGCCCGUGGCCCCGCUGCCUCUGGGCUUGACCCCACCCACCCUGCCGGCCGUUUCGUCCAGCUCGGGCCUGCUGUCGCUGUCUUCCAUCUUGGCCAACUACUCUCACGGUCAGGCCCAGGCAGCCAAGGAGGACAAGGCCCGCGACGGCGCCGAGAGAGCGCCCAGACCGGAGGACGGGGACAAGUCCGACUAAAGGGUUUCUGACGGUCUCUGAGGUAAAGCUGUCACUGUGUGCGCGGAGGUGGGUGCCAGUGUUGUUAAGAAGAGCAGAGACAAUGUCAGGAGAGGAGUGACGUGUAGAUAUUAUUAUUUAGUGGACUUAGUAGACUCAUGCUUGUAGAUUUUGACUUAGACGCCAUUGUAGUGCAAGCCACUGUUUGUUUGUUUGUUUGGAGUGACAGCCUUCACGCUCUUCUUCUUCUUUUCAUUUCUUUGCUUCCCCUUCAGUCCCUCCAACGUUCCUCAGUCCUUCACUUAAUUACUGGACCUUUGUUCAUUUGUAGUCCAAUGAAAAUGUUUCUCAAAGGAACAGUCAACCUCAAAACAUCAUCCCUCACUUUUUUAAAUAUUUGCUUGAUUUUACUACUUUAUUUGUUUUGCAACGCCACUCAGCUGCGUACCUCAAUCCCAUCUGAUGGGGUUUUAUUCCAUGACAACGCUUUCGACGUAUCGUGUACUUGAUCCACCUGAGGCUGUUUUGGAGGGGAUUUGUCUUAAAAAGUUUUUUUUGUGUGAAACUGCAGGCAGAUUAGAAAUGGAAAAUAUGUGCUUGUGUGUGUGUGUGCGUGUGUGUGUGUGUGUGUGCGUGUGUGUGUGUGUGUGUGCGUGUAUUUGGGGGAAAAUUAAAACAUUUUUAUUUGUUAUGAUUGAACUCUUACUUGCUUGAAGCACCUUUUUUUUGUUGAACCUGAGAGGGACAAGCAGUAGAAAAAUGGAUGGAUGGAUGGUUUACAUUCUUACUCCAGCUUCCCCUGCUGGUCCAGUCUUUAAUUGAUCAAAACAUACAGAAGAGAGGUCACUUUUUUUUCUCUCCUUUGAUUAACAGCAGCUUUUCUUUUAAGCAUAUAAAUAACUACAAGGGUCACACUGACAAAAAGAAAGUUGAGGCUUAAAAUAAUAGUGGUAUUUUUUCGCAUAAAAGUACAAUUUAGUUUCCGUAAAAUAGUAUGGGUUUUUUAAAAAUUUUUUACAAAACGUUCGUUUUUUUCUUAGUUUUAUUCUAAAUUUUAAAAAAAAUCACAUUUAUACUUUCCUUUUUUUUUCAUGUAAAAAUAUUUUUCUACAUUUUUUUGAAUAAAAUUAUAUUUCAUAGUUUGAACUUUCUUUGCACGACAGUACUGCUUUUUUCAUAGAAAGUUACGACAUAAUUUUUGUAAAAUUCAACUCUUGUCUUUUUACAUAAACGGACGUCUUUAGUGCAUCAAAUUACAAAUAAAAACAAAUCCCUUCCCCCAAAAUUACAAUUAUCAUUCUAUUUAAUUUCCAUUUCAUUUGUUAAAAAAACUUUGCGCAAAUUUAUAUUUUAAUUGUAAUGUUUAAUUUUUAUUCAACUUCAAAACUUAGGCAUAACUUUUUUUGUUGCGUAAAAUAAGAAGAGUUUUAAGUAAAAUUAUGACACAUUUUUUGUAAUAUUACAUCUUUAUUCUUGCAAUAUUCUGCUAAUCAAUUUUCAAUGCAGACUUGUCCUAUUAUUACAUGUUUAUUCAUAGAAUGUCAGUAAGUACUUCUGCUGUGAUGACCGAUGUGUCCUGAAUGAGGCAUAAACUAAAUAAAUACACAAAUAUAAAUACAUAUAAAGAAAUUGUACAAUAUUCAUUCACAGGGUAGUUUUUUUUGUGUUCAUUUUGGAAUGUUCAACAGAGCUAACUGUUGCAACUGAAUGGCGCUUCUGCGUAUGGCCAGCAGGGGGCAGCGCUGUUCUCAUUGGCACUUGGUGUGACGUCACACACUAGCAAGGCUGAUCUGAAGUCAGUUAGAAUGUAGUUCUUUCAAACCCCCCAACCAGAGCUUUGACAACUCCCUGAAUACUUUUUAUCUGCUUCUUUUAAUUGUUUUUUUCCCCAUUUACCAUUACUAUUUUGUAAAAGCACUUAAGUGGCGACUCUGUGCUAAAAUAAUUUCCCCUAAAUAUGAAAAUGUCCUCCCUGGUAACAGUCAAAUGAAUGCUGUGUGUGUGUUUUUGGUUUUGCGCUGAGAAGGGCCAAUUUGUAUACAUAUGAAUAUAUCAAUAUACAUAUUUUUUAAAGCAUUUUUGUAUGUUUCAAAGCUGCUUUUUAACGUGUGUGUAACAUGGAAGAUUUGUGUGUGUGUGUGUGUGUGUGCGCGUUACAUUAAGAGGCACAAUGUCCAUUUUUGUUUUUCCUCUCUUUCUCUCAUCCUCUGCAACACUUUGCUCAGUUUGUAAAUGUUUGAUCCUUUUUUUGUGAAAAACAAAAAAUGUGUUUUCGAAAGCUAAGACAACAAGAAGAAGAAGAAAAAAAAAAAAGAAAAGCUGUAAAGUGGAAAAACUGUGUAAGCUAAUGACAACAAAUCAACCUUUUAGCAGUAAGGGAGCUUCUCUGGUGCCUUACAAAUAAAAGAUGUGAUUGAUUGGA